AUGAUCGAGACGCUGCUGAGCCAGCUUCAAGCUGGUGCUCCGAGCCGGAAGGACUGGCUGUCGGCCUGCUGCCAUCCUGAUGCGGUGCUGAUCCGCUGCAUGGCCAGGAUGUCCCUCAGCAAGAGAACCGAGAAGCCGGUGCUGAAAGAGGUGCCGGAAACCGUGGUGAAUGGGAAGCACGUCUACAAGAAGGGCCGAUUUUUGGGGAAGGGCGGCUUUGCCAGAUGCUAUGAGCUGAUGGACACGAAGACCAAGACGAUCCUGGCCGGCAAGAUCGUCUCCAAGACACUUCUCGUCAAGCAAUACCAGAAGGACAAGAUGGCCCAGGAAAUCCACAUUCAUCGCAGCCUCGAUCACCAGCAUGUCGUUCGCCUGCACGGCUUCUUUGAGGAUACCGACAAUGUGUAUAUACUACUCGAGCUGUGCCCCCGACGUUCGCUGAUGGAGCUGCACAAGCGCCGUGGGCCGAUCACCGACCCCGAGGCACGGUACCUAUCGCUGCAAGUGGCCGAGGGAGUCGAAUACAUCCACAACUGCCACAUCAUCCACCGUGACUUGAAGCUUGGCAACGUGUUUCUCAACGAGGAAAUGCAGGUCAAAAUCGGGGAUUUUGGCCUUGCGACGACGAUCGAAAAGGAGGGCGAAAGGAAGAAGACGCUAUGUGGCACGCCCAACUACAUUGCCCCCGAGGUGCUCGACAAGCGCGGGCAUUCGUACGAGGUGGACGUGUGGGCGGUCGGCUGCAUCGUCUACACAAUGCUGGCCGGGCGCCCCCCGUUCGAGACGGCGUCGCUGAAGGAGACGUACCAGAAGAUCAAGACGAACACCUACCGCAUCCCGUCUACGAUGAACCCGGAUGCGGCGAAGCUCGUUCAGGCCUUGCUGCAGGGGGAGCCGUCGCGUCGCCCGAAAAUCUCCGAUGUUCGCCACUUCGAGUUCUUCCACAACGGCUAUCUGCCGAACCGCUUGCCCACCUCGUGCCUCACCAUGGCGCCGAAGUUCGAUCAACAUAUGGACGAAAUGCGUCGCGUGCGCCGUGCACCCUCGCCCAGCAAGGCUCUCUCGGCUCGCCAGAUUGUCAACGAGGAUAUGAUGAAGUCGCCUGGGCGGCCCCUUCACACCGUCCCAGAGAAUGCGCAGCCGUCCAGCCAGCGAAGCGACACCUCGUCCCCGCGUCAGACCAUCGACCAAAGUGUGCGCAGCCUGUACAAGCAGAUCACCGAGGUUGUCAAGGCUACAAACAACAGGGAGAUGCUGGCCGCCGAAGAUGAGACCGAGGCCCCCGAAUGCCUGCCCGUUUUCUGGAUCAGCAAAUGGGUCGACUAUUCGGACAAGUACGGCAUCGGCUACCAACUUUGUGACAAUUCGGUUGGCGUGCUCUACAACGACUCGUCCAAGCUCGUCCUCGACGCCGCCGGCAACAACAUGCAGUACGUGGAGAAGGACGACCGCGAAGAGUACUACAUGAUGAACCGCGAGAUGCCGCGCGCCAUGGAGAAGAAGCUGACGCUGCUCAAGUACUUCCGCUCGUACAUGAACGAGCAUCUGAUCAAGGCCGGCGAGAAGUUUGCUCCCAAGGAAGGCGAUGAGCUGGCCCGUCUGCCCUGCCUGCGCAACUGGUUCCGCACCCGAUCGGCCAUCGUGCUCUACCUGUCCAACGGCACUUUGCAGCUCAACUUCUUCCAGGACCACACGAAGCUGAUUCUGUGCCCGCAACUCGGCUCCGUCACGUACAUCGAUGCCCAGAAGAACUUCCGUACCUUCAAGCUCUCGCUUCUUCAUGAGCUCGGGUGCUCUGCCGAUCUGCGCAACCGGCUCAAGUAUGCUGAAGGGAUGGUGGAACGCCUGAUCGCCAAGUCGGAGAAAUCGCUUGGCACAGCACUGCCCUCCCUGAGCAAUCUUCACGUCGCCUCCCAGCCGCAACAAGUC